AUGUCUGCUAUGAUAAAUAAUCACUACAUUGCUAAAUUCGAAGAAUUAGAAUAACUUAAAGAAAAAUUAGCUUAAACAUCAUAAAGAACUCGUUAUUAAUCUUCUGACAGAUAAUAAACUAAUGGAAUCAAUAUUACAGAAGUUAAAAGUAGUAGAAAUAGUGAAAAAUAAUCUUAAUCCGUAGAAAAAUGUAUUAUACUAUUUCUAUUUAAGUCUUGAAUCUUAGACAGUAAAAUCAAAAUGUAGAUAAUCUAAUAAAUACAUGGAAACAAUAAAAAAUGCAUUCUGUUUCUGUGAAUUAAGGAACAAUAGCAGGAAAUAUCAUACGUAAAUAACAUUCUAAUUUUAAGAUGAAUUUCCUGAACAUGAAAGUCAUUAAACUUAAUUAGGAACAUAGCCUCAUUAAAUAUUAGAAGAAGAUGAAUAAUAAUAAUUUUAAGAAUCAAUUUCUACAGCUCCAACAAACAAUCAUUAAAAAGGAAUUACAAAAGUUCCUAGUAAUAGUAAAACAUCUCUUAAAGAUUAAGGUAUUCUUCUAAUUUUAUAUAUUUAGUAAAUAAUGAAAAAAAAAAAUCAGUUGUCUACUCUAAAGAUGCCAAUUUAUUAUCUCAUACAAAUUAAUAAAAUAAUUCUCAAUAUAAUCAAACUGUUGUCUAAAAAAAGAAUAAUCCAACUAUAAGGCCUUAAACUUCAAAAAUUUAACCUUAAUCUACUCCUAAUUAAAUUGCAUAAAAAAGAGCUGUUUAAUCUAAAUAAAUUAAUAUGAAAAUGUCUCAAGAAAUUAUACCAGAUGGUAAUAAUAAUAAUAAACAAUUUUAGUUCCCCAAACUCCAUCAUAAUAAAAAAUGAAAUAAAGUUCUUUAUUGGAAAAAACAAGAUAAGUUAAAAUGAACUAAAUUUCAACCAAACCAUAAACUAAAUCAAUUUAAAUUAAUUAAGGGGAGGAAAAAGUUUAUAUUUCAUAAAUUUAAAAAUUGAAAGAAAUUAUUGUGAAAUUAUAUGAACAAAAAUUCGAUAACUAAAUGUCACAUUCUUCUACUAAUAUCGCCAAGUAUAUAAAUUUAUUUCUUAUAUAUUUUAGGAAUUUUGAUUUAAUUUUAAAUACGAUGAAACUCGAUUUUCGUUGCUUAGAAAAUGAUUGA